AGAAAAGAAGGAAGGCGAGAAACAGUGGGGAGAGGGAGAGCAGAAGCUGGAUUGGUGGACAAGGGACAUAAAACAGGUGAUUGCUUUUCUCUGCUCACUCUUGGAAGCCCUGCUCCCACGCAGCAACACCGUCCCUCCCAGUUCUCUGAUGGAUGAAGAAGGUGACCUGAUCCAGCCUCAAGACCAGAGCUGCUGGGCUUCCCUGCCCGACGUGUGCCUUCGUCGCGUUUUCUGGUGGCUGGGAGACAGGGACAGGUCCAGGGCGGCCCUGGUCUGCAGGAAAUGGAACCAGAUGAUGUAUUCGGCUGACCUCUGGCGCUACCGGACCAUCACCUUCAGUGGAAGACCAUCCAGGGCACAUGCGUCGGAAUUCGAGUCCGCCCUGUGGUAUGUGAAGAAAUUUGGUCGUUACCUGGAACAUCUGGAGAUCAAGUUUCUGAAUCCGUACAAUGCCGUCUUGACCAAGAAGUUCCAGAUCACCAUGCGAGGUCUGCUCGCAUGCCUGGGCAAGAGUAACAGCCGUCUGAAGUCUCUCUCCAUCCAGCACCUGGAGAUGGACCGUCUGGUCUGGAGGAACAGUAUCAGGAACUCGCUCAUCAAGAGCUUGAGUUUCUUCCUCAAGAAGAUGGGCAAACACCUGGAUCAGCUCAGCCUGAAAGGGGCCAGGUUGACGGUGGAGCAAGGCUGCAACAUCCUCAACUCCCUGAGCUACCUGAAGAAUGUGAGCCUGGCCUCGGAGCUUAACAUCGAAGAUUUCUUCAGCCACCAUCUAGCUGUCUACAGCAGCCCCCAGUUCCACAAGACCAUGAACACAUUCUGCAACCUUACAUCCCUGACACUCAACUACAACUGUAUCUCUGAUGAGCUGCUGGAGAGCUUGGGUGAGAACAAUGCCAGCACCCUUGGGACCAUGAACAUCAAAUGCCACAUUCACGACCCCCAUGGGCAGGUGGUCUGGGGUAUGUCCUGGGCCAAGCUGGCUAAGCAGGCCAACAACCUGAAGGUGAACUUCUUCUUUGAACGGGUCAUGAAAUACGAGCGUUUGGUUCGGAUCCUCCUGCAAGAGAUUCCCGUGAGGAGUGUCAGCCUCCGAAGCUGCUAUUUUAGUGAUCCAGACUGGUCCAUGCGGCCCACUCUCACCGACCUCCUGCCCACCUUCCGGUACACUCUGCAGAAAUUAACUUUUGAGUUCAACAAUAACCACGAGUCACUCGAUGAGGAGCUACACCUCCUCAUCCUGUCCUGCAGGAAGCUUUUCUACUUCAAAAUCUGGGCUUUCCUGGAUGUUAGGUUUGUGGAGCGGAUCCUGAAAAGCCAGGAGGAGGGGCAAUGUGCCCUGCGCACACUUAAGGUAAGAAUUUAUACAAACAGAUAUGAGACAAAUGAAGAGGACAGGACCCUGAGAGAAAUUCACAGAAGGUACAGAAAGCUGAUCGAUUCAGAGCUGAACUAUUUUGUCAUCGCCUAUCCCAUGAUGUAAUAAGCACUCUCUAGAGGAAGAAAACCUAGGUACACUUUGAACCUGAAAACCUGGUGCCUAAAGAACAACACCGAGAGCACCCCAAACCUCUGUCUUCUCUCUCCUUUUUGGCCAGUUCCACACCAACAUGAACAGCCUGGCCAAGGCUGGGACUGCUGGUGGUGGGAUGGCCCCGGGUGACUUAAAAGUGCCAUCUUUACCAACUCUCUGGGGGUGAUUGCUUUUUGUCAUGUGGUUUUACUUUUUGUCAUCCUCACUCAGCCACUGAGAAAAAAAAAAGCCAAAGCAGUUUCCUACUAAUGGAGGCUGAAGCCUGCUCACUGGUGGGCAGCCUGUGGGCAGACAGAAACCGCUAACCUGCAUUCCCUGUUUAGAAUGUGGCCUCCAUCCCAAUGACCUCUGUGUCAGAGCCACCUGACCUGAAGUUGCCUGGGCCAGAUGUCGCAUCAAUGGAAACCGCCAGCCUGUGCUUGAAGUGGGAAAAUGCCUGUUUUUUUCUCAAGGAACCUACUCACCACUGGAACUCCAUCCCCAAGAAGAAACUCAGCCCAACUGGCCAGCUUAGUGGACAUGGAUCUGCUGCCUUGCUCAGCCUGUGUCUCCUUUCCUUUUGCAUUGUGGCUGCCCGGUGCCCAACCUGCUCUGAGCCGGCAGUCCUCAGUGUGUGACUGAACCAGGAGGAGUCAGGACACCCACAUGCAUGAAGAAUUUCUAAUAUCAUAGAGAAAUGUCGCUAAUGCAAUUUUAAGGUGAAAAAGCAGGACACAAGACUACAUUUAGUGUGGUAUCGAUCAUAUGACACACACACUAAGGAUUUGUGUGUGUGUGUGUGUGUGUGCGCAUGUGUAUGUGUGUGUGCACGCACGCGAGUGUGUGUUUGUAAUGAGGCUAGGACUCCGGACCUUACCCUCUUAUUUUUUCUGCUCAAGGCUCGUGCUCUACCACUUGAGCCACACCUCUACUUCUGACUUUUUGCUGGUUAAUCGAAGACUUGUCUGCCAACUGCAAUCCUAAACCUCAGCCUCCUGAGUAGCUAGGAUGACAGGCAUGAAGCACUGGCAACAAGUGGAUUUUUUUUUUCUUAAAGCAUAGAAACAACCAGAAAUAUUGAUUUUGGAGGAUAGAAUUGUGGGUGAUUUCUGUUGUUCUGGUAUGUUUUCCAAAAUUCUCAACUUUUCCACGGUGUAAUCUGAUGCAUUUCAAAGGAUGAGUAAUUACAGUUCCUGAGCUCUUGCCACAAACUCGGGCUUUAUCUCUGCACAUGCUUGUAUAGUGGUCUUUUUCAACAGAUUAUAAAACAAUAAAACACCUAAAUACUUUUA